AUGACGGAACAUUUGGAUUUUCUUCUCUCUGCUUUAGUGUUGGGAAAUAUGCUGCAAAGUAAGAGAGCUGGUGAUGCUCUAACAGAAAAUCUCGCAGAAAGCUCCGAAAAGAAUAGGAGAAUCUGCACUGGCGGAGCAGAGACACUUGAUUUGUUGAUUUCAGGUUACAUACAUUCAGAUGUCAAUUCGGAAGAGCCGAUUGACAGCUUUAGUGACUCUAGCCGAAGUGUUUGGAGUGAGCUCAGUAAAGAAGUCACUUCAAAAAUUUCUAGAAAUGUUGUCUCCCUUGCUUUGUCAGAUGGACAUGCGGUGUUAUUUGCAUGCUCAGGCAUAGCCUUGCGAAGCGGGCGGUAUGUGACAAGCUUUCUGACCUCAGCAAGUUUGGUUAGAGCUUUCAAUGAUAUUAACAGAGAAGGCCAUAAUACCUUGAAAAUCGAAGUGCGUCGCAACGGUGAGGUUGCCAAAGGGUUGUUGAAAAGCUAUGAUUCGGAUCAGGGGAUUGUUAUUGUCCAAGUACUGUUUGUCACUCUUGGUGUUCAUCCAGUGGAUCUCAGUCUUCAGGUGGAAUUUCUUCCCUGUAGGAAGGUAGUAGCUGUCACACGUGCCGAUUCUGACACAUUAAUGGCCACAAGUGGGAUACUUGCUGUUGAUUCAAGUGGAUCUGAAGAUGGCAAACAGCUUAUGUUCUCCACUUGUGAAAUCUCUGAGGCUUGGGAAGGUGGGCCGCUUUUUGAUUAUGAUGGGAACUUUGUUGGCUUGAACCUUUCUUUGGUUGGGGAAAGAAUUUAUUUCAUGCCAAGGAGUAUAAUUAUCGAACGCUUGGAGGAACUUCUGCCAAAAAAGGAAGCUAAGACGUUCAGGAAUGUAGAAAUACAGAGAGAGGUGCAGCCCUGGCCCUAUUGCACCUAUCCAAGCGACAGAUCUGGGGAUCUAGACUCCUUGGGUUAUCCAAAGCCAUCAUCGACUGUUGUCAGUGAGGGCUUGGUUUUGGUUAAUACCUUCGAAGAGACUUUUGGUGACGUAUAUGAUUCUGGUAAAGGUGUCUGGAGCCAACUCACAAAUAUGGGUUCUCAUAGUUUACCUCGACGGGUUGUCUCACUCGCUUCAUUCAUCGGAGAAAGGAGGUUUUUCGUGUGCACAGGCUUAUUUAUUGACUGGAAUGGAUGCACCCCCAUUCUGACUUCAGCGAGUUUGGUUAGGGAUCCUAAAGAUGGAAACAAGAUUGCUGAAAAGUUGAAGAUUGAAGUUUUGCUUCCAAACAAAGAGCGCAAAGAAGGGAAAUUGCAACAUUAUGAUUUAUACUAUAAUGUUGCUCUCAUCGUUGUCGAGGAUUACCGUUGUCUUCGUCCAGCUAGAAUUCAUGAUGAUUGGUGGAAUCAUUUUACAUUGGAAGAUCCCAAUGUAGUAGCUGUGGGGUGCUGUUUCAAAUCUGGCAGGUUAAUGGCUACACAUGGAAGACGAACCUGCUGGUCAGGCACGCUUGAUUACAGAGAUCUUAGGUACUCCAGUUGUAAGAUUACAAAGGCUGGGAUUGGUGGUCCUCUGCUUGACUUUAAUGGGAGAUUUAUUGGCAUGAACUUCUAUGAUAAGAAAAUAGGAACCCCAUUCAUAUUUAGGGACUGUAUUAUUCGAGUGCUGGCAAAUUUUGUGGAAAAAAGGUCUUUUGAUGAAGUUGGCAGCGAUAGACCAAUCAGGUGGCCUGUGCCCAUACCGUGUUGGCGCCAUCCGGACGAUGAGCUCAAAGAUUCGCUCCCACCUGGCCAUGGGGAAAAAUCUGGGAUGUUCGGAUUCUCAUAUGUGGAUGGAGUUAGAGUCGACAACCAUUAG